AAUAACUGCACUUUCACUAAUUUUGCAGUCGCUCUCGAAGAUAUGUCAGAUAUUUCAAUCAUCAUAACUUCUAAGCUUUCACAGCAGUCCCUGUGACCUGUGAGCUGAAAGACAGGUAACUAAAAGGCAUUUCAAUCUGAACUGAAGUCUGAAGUCGUGCAAGUACCGAAGUACCGGCGUGUCUGUGUGCUUUCCGCUAGUUGGCCACUCAGUGCACGUGUGCGCUAUGCCGAGCAAACGAUGGCGCGUGGGCGAACAGCAGGACGCAUUGUCGUCGCGAAAGGUGGCGGUCAGGGUGGAGAGGAAUGAAUCGACCACCGGUUGGAACCAUCCGCUUCACGCAUGUCCCGUGAAACUAGCCAUGGAAGAGGACGCUAGGGUGAAGGCCAAGCGGCACAGCCAAAGCCAGCAGCUCAGCGCCUUUCAGGAGAGCGUGUCGCAGCGUGUCAGUCUCCUGAGAAAGGUCAAGCAGCAGGCAGAGCUGUGUGCAACUGAGAGUGAGGUUCAACGCCGGGAUAACUUCAUCGAGCAGAACAUUGUGAUGGCACACAACCCUGGCCGUUUCAAUAGCCUUCAAGUUCGAGUGAACCGCCAGCACACACGACAGUCAGCCCCGGCUUUGCGACUCGGUGACUCGCUUGCUGUACACCAGCAGAGUGUGCCUCCGACAAGCACGGUGAUCGAUGCAGCUACGCGUGUGUGCACACAGCAGCCUCGCGCAUCCUUGCGGGAACGUGCCACUCAGAUUUGCUCAAUGCGGGAGAAGGCUCGUCAGUUGCUACUCAGUCAGCCACUGGCGUCUGGGACAGGCGAGGACCGUGACGAGGAACAGACCGGGAUCUGCACACCAAGGCGACUGACAUUCGAGCAGGACCAGCCUACGUUUCCGCAACCGGCAAGUGUACCGCAGGACCCAUCCGUUGUGGAAGCUCCACUCGUCGACGUCAGUGCAACUGUGCAUGUGCCUGCCGGUGUACGAACGUCAGUGAGGUCAGCGAAUAGCCACGCCAGUGUGACUCGCAAUGCAGUUGACACUGACAAUGCUAGCAAGUCAGAGCAGACACGGCCAACAGCGUGCCUCGUGUCACACGUCCGGCCCAUACAUUUGGCCGCAGUUGUUCCCAAGUCACCAGCGCUGGAAUCUCGAGUGCCUGUGAGCCGGCGCCUUUUCAUGGACCUCGAACGGGCGCAAGUUCAGGAAAAGCGUCGACAGAGGCAGCUGCAACAGCAGGUGAAUCGAGUGGUGCAGCACCGGGAGUACGAACGCUACGAGCUUGAGGUGCAAGAUCAAAUUGACAAGGGCCACGAUCCACCAGUGCAACUGCAAGCUGGAGGGUGCCAUAACCAACAUGAAGGAGGCAUGGUGGAGCGGUCCGAAGCAACAAAGACCGCAAGCAAACAGCUCAACAUGGCAAGGUACUUGGAUGCUCUGAGGGAGCGUGUGCGUCAGAGAUCUCAGCACAUAGCCUUGCCGCCGAUCUGUGGCUGUGCGGAUGCCGCUUGGCUUUCACAUCCGGAUACCUGUGCCAGCAACUGCCCAUUCCACCACAAUCCUCACGGUAAAAAUAGGAACAGGAGACAGGGGCAAGUAUGGCCAGGCCACAGUUUCUUGGCAAUAGUGAGUCCAAUUCGAAGUAUCGCAGUGAUGCGUCUUUCACAAUCACAGACACAUGCAAGCAAUACUUUAAAAAGAGAAGUAUAAAAGUUUGAAAAGGAAACACCAUGUUCAACAUAAUCUACAUGUAUUAUGAUUGAGGGGAUAUGCAGGUACAAGUGAGCUGGCACAGAGGAACAGGAACACAGCAAAGUAAGGAGGAUUUGUACAGUGGUAACAUCUUGCAAGUUUUUGGUAGAUGCUGCUAAAAAUAAUGUGCAAUGGAAGUCCCCCAUUCAAUGGUAAGGAACAUUCAACCUGCCACAAGCAGUAGCAGCAGUGACCAAUUGAUAUUAUUAUUAUACAAUGAGUGAUGAGACUGAGAACCAUGGGUGUUCAGCUUGAAUGACAAUUGUACACACCAACUGGGAUGCACAAUCUGUCUGUUGUUGCUCUGUGUGUUCACACCUAGGUUACAGCAAGGCAUUGGUCAAGCUGCUCGCAACAAACAGAUGAUGAACACACGCACAAAGUCAACGUACUCGCACUGACGCCGCAACACUUAACUGGCAGGUGCAACUGGUUGAGCAGCUACUCGCUCUAGACGACGAGCUUCAAGCUGCUUUGCGUCGUUCCAGGUAGUGAUGUCCAGCGCCACUUGGCCACGACUGAUGCUCAACAGCCUGUGAACGACGAUGAGAUCAAACGGCAAAGCAGUAGUUAUGGGUAGCUGUUACUAGAUAUAGAGGCACAACUUCUUUAUCUGAACCGAUAACGAGCUAAUCAUACGCCGCUUUUGCGUGCAUUGUUUAUUGUCUUCUGUCCUAUCAUUUUGUUCUGCUGUUCUGGAGCGAGAGUAAAAUGUCGGUGCCACAUCUGCUGGAGAAGAUCUGAUAUAGAUCGCAACGGACUACGGGAGAACAAUGUCAUUUUCGAUAUCACAGAUCGCAUUGAUGCAGUGCAACAGUACAAUUGUGGACAAACGAUAGAUUCUGCUGUCCAUGCAGAGUUGAACACCUAUAGUCCAUUUGCCAAAUCAGGGCCCCUGAUACAUGUGUCUCAAACAAUACUUUUUGCACAUAUCUUGAUCAUGUUUCACCGUAUUGACUUCACCGUAGGCUUAAAACAACGGCUAUCAUGUUUCUGGUCUAUACACGUCACCGACGUCACGAUCUUGAAUAAGAAUGAAGUGAGACUGUGAAAAACGUA